CCAUGAAUUUGGUCUCUAAAAAAAUUAAGCAAACGAUAUAUUUUCCUUAAAUCCAUAAUAAAAUGAAUUUAGGUACCAACUACCAAUUUCAUCAUCCAAAUCCACGAAGCAAACAACUCCGAAGUUCUUUUGAAUCUAUUAUUCACAAAGUACCAAACUAUAGGGACUAGAAAUACCAAAACACAAAAGUACGGGUAGUAGAAAAUAAGCUCAACAUGGUCAGCGGAGAACUGAGAGAAGUUUAUCAUCAUUUCGAGCCAGCCAAACAAAGACCUAAAAACACAGCAAACAUCCCAUCUUUCCUCUCCCAGAUCUCCCAACCUGGUUCUCGUCUCUGCCGUCCGCUGCUCGCCCUUCAACGAUCUCCGGUUCGAUUAGCUUGAUCGGAAAUUGGCGGGAAUGAAAAAGUUCCGUCUGGUUUAGUCCCAGAGCCGCAGCCUGAAUAAACCUGCCGGGAAUCGUCAUGUGGAGAAACUCUGCAAGUCGCUCCUCCAAGCUCAUCUGGAACGGCUAUGCACUAUCACCGUCUUCUCUUUCCACUCUCAGGAGCUCCCGUUCUGUACCGAAUUCCGUUUUCCCAUUAUCGUCCGUUCCCGCCGUCGCUUCCCCUUCUCAUUCGCCUUCGGAUCCUUCAAAAUUAGGGUUUCUGCCGGGGAGAUCAGAUGGGAUCCGAGCGCUAUCCUCAGUUCCUUCUCCUGCCGCCGUUGAUAUCCCUUCGUUGACAUAUGGAGUUCAAUUGGCUCGUCACUACGGCCAAUGCUUCUGGGAGCUCUCCAAAGCUCGCCUCAGUAUGCUGGUCGUUGCAACUUCUGGGACGGGUUAUGUUCUAGGAAGUGGGAGUGCAGUGGAUUUCGCGGGACUUUGUUGGACUUGUGCUGGUACAAUGAUGGUUGCAGCUUCUGCCAACUCGUUGAAUCAGGUCUUUGAGAUCAAGAAUGAUGCCUUGAUGAAAAGAACAAGAAAUAGGCCGCUUCCUUCCGGGCGUAUGUCAGUUCCCCAGGCAGUGGCUUUUGCAUCUUCAGUUGGCUUGGCUGGGACUGCUAUGUUAGCAUGCAAGACUAAUAUGAUGGCGACAGGGUUAGCAGCGUCCAACCUGGUCUUAUAUGCAUUUGUCUACACCCCAUUGAAACAGAUCCACCCUGUCAACACGUGGGUUGGAGCAGUUGUUGGUGCCAUUCCACCGCUUCUGGGGUGGGCUGCUGCUUCUGGUGGUCAGAUUUCCCUCAAUUCAAUGAUUCUUCCAGCUGCACUCUACUUUUGGCAAAUCCCCCAUUUCAUGGCACUUGCAUAUAUGUGUCGGCACGACUAUGCUGCUGGAGGGUACAAGAUGCUCUCCCUUGCCGACACUAGUGGCCGAAGAACUGCCAUGGUGGCUUUGAGGAACUGUAUUUAUAUGGUGCCCUUGGGGUUUAUGGCUUAUGAAUUGGGUAUGGCUUCUGGGUGGUUUUGCCUGGAAUCAUCCGUUCUGACUCUAGCAAUCGCUGCUUCGGCAUUUUCAUUCUACCGGGAACCAACCACAGAGAAGGCCAGGAAGAUGUUUCAUGCCAGCCUUCUAUACCUUCCCAUAUUCAUGGCCGGGAUUCUCCUUCACCGACAAACAGAGAUGUCAACUGAUGAGCUUUCAUCUUCUAUGAGUGUGGAAGUAGAAGAUAGAGAAGACGAGCGAAGCCGAAGCCAUGCAAAGAAGAAGGAACUACUGGACGGUUCAAAUUUCGGCACACGAGUCCGUGCACCAGUGGCGUAUGCUUCUGUUGCACCUUUCCCUUUCCUUCCGGCUCCUUCAUAUGUUUCGUCAUAGUUUUUUUUUUCCCCCGGCAUUUUUUGGCACUUUACUACCUUCAGUCCUUCACGUUGCAGAAAAUCUAGCAAUAAUGUCAUUCUGGGUUGUUGAGCAUUGGAUCAUAUAGUAACUUGUUUUCCCGGUUCUCACAUACUAUGGCGGGAAUGCUCCUGAUUGGACGUCACAUUUUUGAACUUAAUAACGCAUGAAAAGAAAUGCUAUUCAUGGUUUUGCUGCUUGCUGCUUGCUGCCUUUUCUUCCAUUAUGGUAUUCAUGCUCUAGUGAUCAACAAAAAAGAAGCAUAUUUAGCAAAUAGCUCCACAUUGCUCUUUCUGGAGUAGGUGGUCGGCUGUAGUUGGAGUUGCCCAUUCAAGUUACUGUGAAUAUAACAACUCAGUGGUGAUAGGGACUGUCCAUGACGGGUGGGGGAAAGCAAGCUAUCAUGAGCAAUUUUUUACCCACUCUUUUUUCUUGUGGAUGUUAUUUCCCUUUCUCGUACUCAAUGUAUGAAAAUGAAUAGUUUAUCAUUCA